AUGAUAAUAUUGGCAUACGGAACAGGAGUAGACUUGCACGAUGAAUACAUUCGAAUGAGCGCACAAACUAUAAGAAAAUCAGUUGAAAAAUUCGUACAAGGUGUAGUUUCCAACUUGGGUGAGGAGUACCUCAGAAGGCCAAUCGAAGAUGAUCUUGCUUAUCUAUUAACUCUAUGUUCAAGAAAUGAUAUCAACGUGCUUGAACAAUCUCCCGUUUUCAAAUAUAUAUUGGAAGGUCGAGCACCAAAGGCAACAUUUGUGAAAUCUGUUAAUGGUCCACAAACUCGAAAGCAUCAACUGUUUGCUCAACAUCAAGAGGCUGCUCGAAAAGAUGUUGAGCGAUCGUUUGGAGUUUUACAAGCCCGUUUCAAUUUUAUCAAACGACCAUGUCUCAUGUGGGAUCGUGAUAUGAUGGGAAAAGUAAUGCUUGCUUGCAUUACUAUGCACAAUAUGAUUGUGGAAGACGAGCGGCACACUUGCCUAAAUUACUGUGAUCCUAAAGAAUUUAUGGAAGUUAGAAUGUUUAAUAGCCAAAGUGGAGAUGUUGAAGCUAAUGAUGAUCCCAAUUUUAAAUUUUCAACAGAACGGAUUGCAAGUCUAGCUAGCAAUAUGAGGAACAAAGUACAACUUCGUAACAUGGAAGCUCACAAUGCUCUAAAAAACGACUUGAUCGAACAUAUUUGGCAAAAGUUUGGCCCUGAAAAUUGA